ACCUGCCCUGCUGGGUCGUCGCGGGGUGUGGCCCACGGUGGGCGCUCGGGAGCAGUUGUGGUCGCGGGUCCUGUCAACUCCAGCCGUGUGUGGGUGGGCGAGGCCGUGGGCGUGGGGUUCCCCUGCCUCCUCCACGUGGACAAACUGCUGACAGUGGCGCAGCCACGUUGCCACGACUGGGGGAAAACUGCCUUGGUUUCGGGUUUAAUGAGAAAAUGGAUGUUUGGGUUUGGUUUCAUUUGGGGUUUGGCGAAGGCGUGUGCAGUUCGUCUCCACUCGCGAGGGCCGCUCGGGCAGGGGAACCGGCAGGGCGCUAGGACCUGGGGCGCGCUCGGACCCGGGGCGAGAAGCGAGGCCGGGACCGCGGAGAAGGGCUCGCGGCUGAGAGCUCGGCGGUCGCCAGGCAACGGCCCUGACGCAACGCGGGGAAAAAACGUCCCCUCCGAAAGGAGCGAGAGCAGCGGCGCGGAGGAUUCGCCGGAGCUGGGGAGGCGAGGCGGGAGCGCCGAGCUGGGGCCGGGCCGGAGCCGGGCAGCGGGGACCCGCGCAGGAGGAGGCGGCGGGGACCCCGCAGAGUCCCCAGCAGGGCCCCUGGGCGCCCCGAAGGAUCUUCAGCCGCCUGCCCUUCCUGAGAGGAGGGAGCUCUGGGCCUUCUUCCCGCCAGUCUGGUCUUCGAGCGCCUUCAGGACGGAUAGACCUUGGCACGGGCUGCCUGAGAUUCCUGCGACGCCUGUCUGUUCCUGCCUUCUGCAGAGCAUGGCACCCACAGGAUUCCAGGACGGAUCAUAGACCGGAGCCUCCGGGAGGGCGCCCUGCGCAGCUCACUGUGCAGUUCCUCUCCGCUGACCAGCCACCAUCCUCCAAGGCCGGCUCCCAUCCCGGAAAUGCCCUCGGGCACCUGGAUGAGGCCAUCCCAGAGCCGGACCCAACUGUGCCACCCACCAAGCCUCCGCCUCAGCCCCCCAGCCCCUCCCAUGUCCGGCUCCCAGGACAGACUGUAGAAUGUCUGUGCCCCAGAUCCACGUGGAAGACGUGGGUGCAGAGGAGGAGGCAGGAGCUGCACCGCCCGAUGACCACCUCCGGAGCCUGAAGGCCCUCACUGAGAAACUGAGGCUGGAGACCCGGAGGCCUUCCUACCUGGAAUGGCAGGCCAGGCUGGAGGAGCAGACCUGGCCCUUCCCAAGGGCGGCUGCAGCUGCGGAGCCACAGGCGAGCAUGGAGGAGGGGGAGCGUGGGGGGCAUGAGCCCUUGCUCUCCCUGAGAGAGCCCGAGCAGCACCCCCCUCCUGCCAGGAGUGCCAGCCAGGACACCAGACCCCUGUCCAGUGGCAAGCUGGAAGGCUUUCAGAGCAUAGAUGAAGCUAUAGCCUGGCUCAGGAAGGAACUGAUGGAGAUGCGGCUGCAGGACCAGCAGCUGGCCAGACAGCUCAUGCGCCUGCGCGGGGACAUCAACAAGCUGAAGAUCGAGCACACCUGCCGCCUCCACAGGAGGAUGCUCAACGACGCCACCUACGAGCUGGAGGAGCGGGACGAGCUGGCCGACCUCUUCUGUGAUUCCCCUCUUGCCUCCUCCUUCAGCCUGUCCACGCCACUCAAGCUCAUUGGAGUGACCAAGAUGAACAUCAACUCUCGGAGGUUCUCUCUCUGCUGAGGAGCCCUCAGACUGGGCCGAGGGGCUGGAGUGGAGGGCUUGCGCUGGAGGGAUGUUGGAGGAAGCUGAAGCCAAGUUACUCCAGUGGGUCUCCCUGAGGCAAGGGUCCUGGGACUGGCAACUCAAGGGCCCCAGGACCUAUUCAGUGGUGCUCUCCCAGGGGCCCUGGGUGUGGGUCCCAGUGUCUCUGUGACUGGCUCUUGCUUAAUACCCAAAGAGCUCUGCAGAAGGGCCACUCCAACCAGAUGUUAAAUGAGACCUGGGUUCCCACCAGAAUCCGUCCCUCCAUGGUCAUGUUCCUGUUUCCUGGAAUGACUGGUGCUAUGAACUGGGAUUCCCAAGGGGAGCCCCCCGACCCAAAGCUGUCAUUCUUGCAGAAGGCUCUCCCUCAAGGGCCUUGGGGAAAUUA